AAAUUACAAUAACCAAUGUGGUGGGAUAAAAGAAAAUAGGGGAAAAAGAACAUAAAAGAAUAAAGAUUUAGGAUUGACACGUGGUUGAAAGGUGGGACCAAGUGGAAUGAUAUUGCACAAAAAGAAACAAGUGAGUUGAGAGAGGGGGUAAGUUUCGGUGUUUUUCAUCUCUCCCACUUCCUCUUCCUCUUCUAUUUCUUUCACCUCACUCAUAUGCACCACAAACCUUCUACUCCUCAUUCCUAUUUUCUUCCUUCACUUACUUUUAUUCUUUCUUAUUUCUUAUUAUUCAACCUUCCAACCACCACCACCGCCACAUCUAAUCUAAUUCAACAUCACCAGAUGUGUGACCACCACGACUGGGUCAACUUCGCCAUGGCAGACGAUUCCAUCGUCGCAGACCUCCUCCUCCGCCUCAACCGCCGUCAACCACAGCCCUCUCUUCAACUGCACUGGACAGUUCGUCAGCGACGCUCAAGGUCCCUUCCGAAGCACGCUGCAAAACCUGAGUCCACCAGGAUUAGUCCCACCACCCCGCUUUCCUGGAACGGUGCCACGUCACCAAGCGAGGAAUCCAGUCUCCCGGCCAAAUUCGCCGAAACAUCCAAAUCUAAUACUAUGGUCGCUGAUCCAAAAGAAACAGUUACUACUACAAAGUCAAAAAGAAAAAAGACUUUAGCUGAAUUAAAAGAGGAGGAGAGUUUGUUGUUGAAAGAAAGGAGAAAUUUGAAAAAUGAACUGGUAUCUUUGCGUCUAACUGUUGAAAAAGAGAGAGCCACAAAUGAAAGCUUAAAGAGAAUGAAGUUUGAUUUCGAGUCGCAACAGAAAUCUAAUACAGCUAUAACCUCUGAGGUGUAUGGGAACAUUGUCUAUAGUCAUCCAUCUACUUCACCUGUUAGCGCUACAAAUGCUUCUCAGAAAGUACAAGAGAUCGGUAACCAAGAACCUAAAUAUGUUCUCCCAGACCUAAACUUGCUUGUCGACGAAGAUUUAAGUUCCAAUAUGGUGCAUUGUAUUAGCUAAUGAAGGAUUAGAGUUCCAAUGGUAUUUUGCAUACCAACAUCUCCUUAUGGUAUGUUUAGUCGUAUCAGUUUGAAUCCUCUGUAGCCAUCCGGCCAAAUCUCAGCCAUUGAAUUUGGGUGCUUUUAACAUGUGAGUCAGUCUAACAAAAUAGGUUUUUCUAAUGUAAGUGUAGACACUAAACCAUUCACUUUCUCCACCUAGUCAAAACUGAGUGUGGUUUUUAUUCAUCAAGGUGUUGUGGUUGUCUAGAAUUCCCAACACUUCAGCUUUAGUUUUAUUUUUUAUUCGUUUUCCAUUGUGGCAACACUCUUCCCUCUUUAUUAUAGAAAUUCAUUCAUAAAUGUAAUUAGGAGUUCUACAAAUAAUUCAAGAAUUUUGGUUCUUGUAGUGAGGUUGUCUGUAUCUAUUAUGAGGAUAUAAACUUUACUCUUUGGGGGGAGUCUCAAAAUUAAUUCACUAAAAUAGAGGCGAACUUUUGUCUAUUA